AUGGAUUUGGUUGAAAAGGCAUAUCAGUGGGUUGAAGAAACAGAUGCUCUGUUGGAUGCUGGUCUUGGUCCAGACACUGGAUUUAGUUUAGAACACAUGUACUGGGAACCAAAGUCGGAUGGAGCUGUGGAAUUGCUUAACAAGGGAGACCCUGAGAACUUGCAUGUUGCUGUUCAUGCCACUGCAGAGAGAAUCAUCUUCUCUUCCAAUGCUUCAAGUGUGGCAACCAUUGCUGUCAAAGUCCCUAGACCCCUAUCUAAUGGUUCUCUUUGGCUAUCAUUGUCUAAGGAUGCAAGAGUCAAUCCGAAUGUCUCCUUCAACUACUUUGCACAUUUUGCGGACAUUAGCCACAUACUGGCAUUACUAUGGCGGAAGCCUUGUGGGAUCAAUGCACUUCGCAUUGUCGAUGGAUCCACUUUCAUUUUCUCACUGGGGACCAACCCUGAAGCCACCGUUAUGAUGUUAGGCUGGUAUGUAUUCAAUUGUACUUCAAGUUUAGCCGCAUAA